GCCUUCUACGCUUUCUCUGGUAAGAAUGUUAGUUCCUGCUCUUCCCUGGCCGUUUCCUGUAAUCGUACAGUGUUGUGAGACGGAGAAAGCCAUGUGUGUCGAUGCAAAGUUUCCUUAAACACUGAGAAGAACUGGACCACCACUUUUUAGCUUCCAUCUCGGAGUGUCUCUAGCAUUGUGCCCAUCUCCCUGAGUGGAGGGGGCAAAAUGGCAGAUCCUAUCAUGGACCUCUUUGAGGACACACCCCUGUUUAACCUGGACGCCAUACCAGAUGACUCCUUCUCGCAGGGAUCCUCAGAUCCUGUAGAGGAGGCUCUGAAAUUAGCAUUGGGCCAGGUCGACCCGCCGACUGAGCCAGAGCCCACCCCUGAGCUCACAGUCAGUGCUGGUCUUGGUGUUCCUGUAGCAGCCCCUGUUCUCCCGGACCCUGUCCCUAUUCAAGUCCCCACACAGCAGCCAGUGCACGUGGCUGCUGCUCAGACUGUUUCCAUAGCUGUAGCCCCCACCGCAGCUUCUGCCCCUGUUGAAACUGUACCUCAGAUUCAGGCUCAGACCACCAUACCUAUUGCCAGCAACACCAGCGGGGCCACCAGUAGCACAGUCCUGCUGAGCUCACCUCUGACUGUUUCCAGCUCCCCAGCCACUACCACCACCACACAGCAGCUCACACAGAUAACGCACCAGCUCACUCCACAGCAGUUAGCUGCCAUCACACAGCAGGCUGGUGGUAAAAUUGUCAUUCUGAAAGGUCCCCAGGGUCAAGCUCAGGUGCUGCAGACUGUAUCAGGAGCCACAGGCCAGGCCAGUGGAAAGGUCAUCCGUGUCUUGUCGGGCACUCCACUCAAACCUGGCAUGUCUAUAUUGCAAGGGGGAACAGUCUUGAAUCAGGCUAAUACAGGACAGACUCAAGUCAAAGUUGGUGCUGCAGGGGUGCAAAGGCUGCUUCAGUCGCCCAAUGGGCCAGUGAAACAGGUGCUGCUCACCUCCAUGCCCCAGCAGGUGCAGCAGUCACAAGGCCAGCCGGUCCAAGUUCAGAUCCCAGCCCCUGCACAGAUGCCUCAAGGCCAGACUCAAGUCCAAGUCCAGCCCCAAGCCCAGGCUGCCCAGAUCCAGGUACAGCCACAAGGCCAGACAGCUCAGAUCCAGGUCCAGGCUCCAAGCCAAGUGACGCUUCAGCCAGCCAUGCAGGCCCAAACACUGGGUAGUGAAGCAAAGCGGAUCACGUUGGUCCUCCAGCAGCCUUCGCAAGCUGGUGCUGCUGCAGGUCAAACCGUUACAACCCAGCAGACGCAAGUUGCACAGGUCCAGCAGGUUCAAGCAGCCCAAGGGGGUCAACAGCAGCAGGCCCAGGCCCCAGCUAGACUAGUGUUGGGUCAGCUCCCUGGGGGAAAGCUGGUGCUCCAGGGAAGCCAGUUAGCAGCCUUGACCCAGGCACGAACUGCGGGUCAGGCAGGAGGACAACCCAAAGUCCUCACAAUCCAACUGCAAGUACAGCAGCAGCCCAACCAACAGGGAGGGGUUAAGUAUCAGCUGGUUUCAGGAGCUGGGAAUACUGGGAGCCCACAAGUGUUGCAGAUAUCGCAAGGCCAAGGAGGACAGAGAGUCGCUGUGCCACUCAAAAUGCUUCUACAGCCACAGACGAGCUCAGCGUCCUCGGCUGGUGGCACCGUGUCUGUGGUGAAGGUUAUCAACACAUCGACGGCCGGCCCCUCAGCUACAACCACCACUCCGUCUCAGGCCAUCCGCAUUACUAAAGCCCCCGGAGAGCCCGCCUCUGUGCGACGAGUCGAGAUCCUGUGCAAGCAAGAGAAGGCCAACCGCAUUGUGGCUGAAGCCAUCGCUCGGGCCAAAGCACGAGGUGAAAAGAACCUGCCACGAGUCCUGAACCAGGAUGAGCUUCCGAGCACACAAACUUCUCCUGAAAUGGGGGGCACUGUGACCUUGGUUUCUACCGCCAAGAAAAAGACCAGCGGAGGAGGAAGCAAGAAGAAAAGCCCCAUAGCUACCGGAACGACGCCCAAACAGGUGGGGGGAGCUGAGAAGAAGGGUAAAGUGAAGACGCCCGGAGGAACAGCUGGGGUAGUAGGAGGCACAGUCAUUCCUGCACCAGGGAACAAAAGCAAGAGCAAGACAAAACCAAACACUAUUACUCUAGUGGGAGCAAAAAAGAGAAAGCGGAAUGCAUCCUCGGACCACUCUGAUGGCGAGCUGAGCCCGGCCUCACCUGCAGCACUGGAGGAGGAUAUGAUCACGAAGAGGCGCUCCAAUCGUGUGGUGAAAAGAAAGAAGUACACAGAAGACCUGGACAUUAAGAUAACAGAUGAUGAAGAUGAACAGGAGGAUGUAGAUGUUACUACAACCGCAGCAGCCGUGGCCUCCAUCAGCGGUGUCCCAGCGCCACAGCUCAAACAGGAAAUGGAGCUGGAUGGCGAUGGGUUGCCCAGCAUGCAGUUCUUUGUGGAGAAUCCAAGUGAAGAAGAUGCUGCCAUUGUAGACAAAGUUUUGUCUAUGAGGUUAACUAAGAAAGAAGUGUCUCCAGGCCAGUACACCAACGUCGAGGAAUUCUUUGUAAAAUACAAAAACUAUUCAUACCUACACUGUGAGUGGGCCAGUUUGGAGCAGCUGGAGAAAGAUAAGAGGAUCCAUCAAAAGAUCAAGAGGUUCAAGACAAAGCACGCACAGAUGAGGCAUAUUUUCCAGGAGGAUGAGGAGCCUUUCAACCCGGAUUACGUGGAGGUGGACCGUAUCCUGGACGUGUCCCAUAGUGUCGACAAGGACAACGGCGAGCCUGUUAUCUACUACUUGGUGAAGUGGUGCUCUCUGCCUUAUGAAGAUGCCACUUGGGAGCUAAAGGAAGAUGUGGAUGAAGGAAAGGUUGAGGAGUUCAGUAAAAUCCAAAACAGGCAGCCUCGCUUGAAGAGAACGACAAGACCUCCUGCUGCUUCAUGGAAGAAAUUAGAGGAGACAAGAGAGUACAAAAAUGGCAACACCCUCAGAGAGUACCAGCUGGAAGGAGUCAACUGGUUGCUCUUCAACUGGUACAACAGACAAAACUGUAUCCUGGCAGAUGAGAUGGGUCUGGGAAAGACCAUCCAGUCCAUCGCCCUGCUGUCAGAGGUCUAUGCUGCAGGUGUCCAGGGUCCCUUCCUUGUCAUUGCCCCCCUCUCAACUAUCACUAACUGGGAAAGAGAAUUCUCCACAUGGACGCACAUGAACGCCAUCGUCUACCACGGCAGCUUGGCCAGCAGACAAAUGAUCCAACAGUAUGAGAUGUACUGCAAGGAUGAUAAGUCACAUGGCUUAAUUGUGUUUGCAGGAACAUUGAUCCCAGGUGCAUAUAAGUUUGACGCUCUCAUCACAACCUUUGAGAUGGUGUUGUCCGACUGCCCAGAACUGAGGGAGAUCGCCUGGCGUUGUGUGAUUAUUGAUGAAGCUCACCGCCUUAAGAAUCGCAACUGUAAACUGUUGGACAGCUUGAAAAUGCUGGAUCUGGAACACAAUUUAUUGACAGGAACUCCUCUUCAAAACACUGUGGAGGAACUUUUCAGUCUCCUCCAUUUCCUGGAGCCAGCUCAGUUUCCCUCUGAGACUGAAUUCCUCAGAGACUUUGGCGACCUCAAAACAGAAGAACAGGUUCAGAAGCUGCAGGCCAUUUUGAAACCAAUGAUGUUGAGAAGGCUCAAAGAAGAUGUUGAGAAGAACUUGGCACCUAAACAGGAAACCAUCAUUGAGGUUGAAUUGACGGAUGUCCAGAAGAAAUACUACCGGGCCAUCCUGGAGAGGAACUUUAGUUUCCUCAGUUUAGGGGCAAAUAGUAACAGCAAUGUCCCCAAUCUGCUCAACACAAUGAUGGAGCUGCGCAAGUGCUGCAACCACCCCUACCUCAUAAACGGCGCAGAAGAGAAGAUAGUAGCAGAACUACGGGAGGUGUAUGACCCAAUGGCCCCCGACUUCCAUUUGCAGGCUCUAAUUCGUUCAGCCGGUAAACUAGUGCUGCUCGACAAGUUGCUGCCACGCCUGAAGGCUGGUGGCCACAAAGUGCUCAUCUUCUCCCAGAUGGUGCGCUGUCUAGACAUUCUGGAGGACUACCUCAUCAACAAGAGAUACCUUUAUGAACGUAUUGAUGGUAGAGUGCGUGGAAACCUGCGACAGGCUGCCAUUGAUCGCUUCAGUAAGCCUGACUCAGACCGCUUUGUCUUCCUGCUGUGUACCCGUGCUGGUGGCCUGGGUAUCAACCUCACUGCUGCUGACACCUGUGUUAUAUUUGACUCUGACUGGAACCCUCAGAAUGACCUGCAGGCCCAAGCCCGAUGCCAUCGUAUUGGCCAGUCCAAGGCCGUUAAAGUUUAUCGCCUGAUCACCAGGAACUCGUAUGAGAGGGAAAUGCUGGAUAAAGCCAGUUUGAAGCUCGGUUUAGACCGUGCUGUCCUGCAGAGCAUGAGUGGCAACAAAGACAGCAAUGUCAAUGGGAUCCAGCAGUUCUCCAAGAAAGAGAUCGAAGAUCUGCUGAGAAAAGGAGCUUACGCUGCCAUCAUGGAUGAGAACGAUGAAGGUAGCCGCUUCUGUGAGGAAGACAUCGACCAGAUCCUUCAGCGAAGAGCCACUACCAUCACCAUUGAGAGCGAGGGCAAGGGUUCCACGUUCUCCAAGGCCAGUUUUGUGGCCUCAGAAAACCGCAACGACAUCGCUCUUGAUGACCCUGAAUUCUGGCAGAAGUGGGCAAAGAAAGCAGACAUCGACAUGGACUCCAUCAACCGAAAGAACACCCUUGUGAUCGACACUCCACGAGUACGCAAGCAGACCCGACAGUACUCAAGUUUACGAGGUGAAGGUGGAGAACUGUCUGAUCUGGACAGCGACGACGAGUAUCCACCUGCGAAUUCAAGACAGUCCCGUUCCUCCAGACGAUCCGACCGCCACAGUGGAGGAGGCUACGGUCGAACAGACUGUUUCCGGGUGGAGAAACAUCUGCUUGUCUACGGUUGGGGUCGUUGGAGGGACAUCCUGUCUCAUGCCAGAUGUAAGCGGCGUCUGAGUGAACGCGACGUGGAGACAAUUUGCCGUGUCAUCCUGGUGUUUUGUCUGCUUCACUACCGUGGCGAUGAAAACAUCAAAAGUUUCAUCUGGGAGCUGAUAACACCCCCAGAGAAUGGACGUGAACCCCAGACACUACUCAACCACUCUGGCCUGUCCAUCCCUGUUCCCAGGGGUAGGAAGGGGAAGAGGGUAAAGGCCCAGAGUACCUUUGACGUACAGAAGGUGGAGUGGAUCCGCAAAUACAACCCUGACACCCUGCUGCUGGACGACAGCUACCGUAAACACCUCAAGCAUCAGUGUAACAAGGUGUUGCUGCGGGUGCGUAUGCUCUACUACCUGAAACAGGAGGUAAUUGGUGAACACGCCGACUCUGUCCUAAAAGGAGCUGACAUCAGGGAUGUGGAUAUCUGGAUGCCUGAGAUGGAGCAACAGGAAGUACCUGCAGGCUGGUGGGACACAGAAGCAGACCGCUCACUGCUUGCUGGUGUAUUCAAACAUGGUUAUGAAAUGUACACAACCAUGCGCGCUGAUCCCUGCCUCUGCUUCCUGGAAAGAGCCGGUCGGCCUGAUGACAAGGCCAUUGAUGCAGAGCAGCACACUGGUGAUGCUGAGCUGGGAGAUGAUGCUGAUUAUGAUAAGUACUCGGAGGACCCCAGUUUCAAGCCUGCAUCAAGACACGCCAAGAACUUUAUGAGGAGGUAUGCUGAUUCUAUGAACGUGGACGAUGAGAUUUCUGUGGAAGACAAGACGGGCCCAGUGGUCAUGGAACCCGCGUCUAGUCAGAGUGGUCCAUGUGACUGGCCUUCCAGCUCAUCACUAACUGCACGGUUGCGACGGCUGAUCACCGCUUACCAGCGGAGCUACAGGCAGGAGCGCUGAAGAUCGAAGCUGAGGCGAAGGGCGACCGCAGGCUGAAGGAGAUGUGAACAGGCCAGCAAACUGAAGGAGAUUGCACGGCAGGAACGCCAGCAGAGAUGGACACGUAGGGAGGAGUGUGACUUCUACCGUGUGGUCUCAACAUUUGGCGUGGAGAAGAUAAAAAGAGAACCUGGUCCUCCUGAGCCUGGAGAACCUGAAUUUGACUAGACUCGCUUCCGUACUUUUGCGCGACUGGACAAAAAAACAGAUGAGAGUCUGAGUCGCUAUUUCCGUUCUUUUGUUGCCAUGUGUCGGAGGGUUUGCCACCUGCGUCCAGGCCACGGUGAGGUAACUGCUGCUGCACGUUCCCAGACCGUGGCUCCCAUAACUGAGGAGCGUGCUUCCCGUACACUUUACCGUAUUAGCCUCCUGCGACGCCUCCGUGAACGAGUCCUACCCCACCCCUCCCUGGAGGAGCGUCUGCCGCUGGCCCCUCCCACCCCAGAACUGCCUGCAUGGUGGAGCAUACCAGACCACGAUCGGCAGCUCAUGCUGGGCGCCGCUCUGCAUGGCGUCAGCCGUACCGAGCUCUCCAUCUACUCAGACCCACAGUUCACCUUCAGUCAAGCCCGCGAAGAGUUCAUCCAGAACCAGCAAGCUCCACCCCCUCCUCCGCCCCAGGCACCGCCCAUGAUACCCCUCAUCCAACCAAAGGCUGAGGACGUCAUGCCUGGUGUGAAGGAAAUGGGACCCGAAGAGGACAUCCCGUUACUUGGAGGUGAAAUCACAACCAACCUGCAGAGCACGCCGUUAAGUCACCAUGGACAAAGCACAGGGCAAGGAUGGAGCUUCAAGAGGAGCAGAGGGAGGGGAAGCAGAACGGAAGGAAAGGAGGCGGAGAAGGAGGCCUGAUUCGGAUUCAGAAUCUGACUCGGCUCUUCAUCUUCUGAGCGUCUGGGCAGCAGUGAUGAAAGUGGAGAGAGUGAGGAAGAGGUGGAAGGAGCUGCUAUGAAGGUCUGUGAUGUGGAUGAGGAAAACAGUUUACUCUCUAUGACUCCAUCUCAGGAUGGCAUUCCACCUCCUGAUCCUCUAAGAGUUGACUGGCCCAAGGACCGGGUGUUAAUCAACCGUCUGGACAGUUUGUGUACACUCGUGCUGACUGGUCAGUGGCCAUCAGGGCGGCGCUACGUGUCAGAGGCUCAGCUCAACCCAAGCUCAGAACUGGCAGAUGAGAUGGCUUUCACAAGGAUGAUCCGCAAACCCCCCGGCAUGCCUGUUGGCCCGGGGGCAGAAGGAGAAGAUGGAGAGUUUACAGUCAAACUCCUUAAGGAGGAAGGGCUGAAACUGACCUUCUCUAAGCAGGCUCUAAUGCCCAAUGGGUCAGGGGGAGAGAGCAGCCGCAAACGGCGCAAGGACCAAGAGUUAUCAGACCCAGAUGGAAUUCUUGAUCCACUGGAACGUACUCCACGGCGCAGGGAUCCCCCUACCUGGCUGAAGGAGAACCCGGACUAUGAGGUGGAAGGAGACAUGCUGGAGCUUCUCGUGAACAGGAGCAAAAGGAAGAGGAGGAGGAGGGCAGAUAAAGCCAUAACAGGCAGUGAAAAGGUCAAACUCAUUAACAUGAGGACAGGAAAGAAGGUUGGAGCUGCUUUCUGUCCUAUGCUGCAAGACCUGAGGGAAUAUCUUGAAGAGAAUCCUGAUAACGCUGUAGCACCGGAGUGGUCUGAAAUCGUUCGCAAAUCGGGUUUCCUGCCUGAGACCCUCUUCCACCGACUGCUUACUGAGCACUCGGAGAUCCCCAAGAAAAGCAGACGCCGCCAUCAUCACCACCACCACCAUCAUCACACUCCAGAGCCCACCCCCGAAGACCCCAACCUGGAUGGAGUGGAGGAGGAGACUCUGGUCUCAGACGGUGCAUACAUGAUGGAUGAGGAGGAUCUGGAGACCACCCAUCACUUCCUCACCAGUCCAGACUUUGACGUUAAAAUGGAGGGCGGUGACAGCCUUUCCCAAGGAGACUAUGACAGCUCGGAUCAAGAAGCGCUAUUGGACGAUGUGAUCAUAGCACAGAAGGACACUGACUCCUCAUCAAGUUCAGAGGAUUGACUGAACACAACACCCCGAACACAUAAGACUGAGUCCCCUUCUUGAAAACGAAUCAUGUUAUUCCUCAUUUAUUUUUACUGUAUUAUGUAUCAAAUUAUGGAUGAAUGUGUCUCUGUUGCUUCUUUUUAUUCAUUUAUUUUAUAUAGGGAUUUUUUUCCAUGAAUUUGCACCCAUCUGUUUUGUUUUGUUUUUUUUCAUCCAUCACACUUGUUCCAUCUGUCUGUCCUUCUACCUUCUCUCUAACCUCUGACAAAAUGGCAAAAAGCUGAGCUUUCUUAUUUCACAACUCAUCUCACCUACUCCUCCUCUAAAUCUGUUGAAUUCCCAUCACAUUCCCAGCCGUGACCAAAAGGGGACCCCUGCUGUACAGAUAUCCUUUUCUUAUCUAAAAAACCUCAAUGCUGGUCCUCUAGCGCUACAUGAAAACUGGACAUGUGUACUGUGCAGAGCCUGAACCCAGAUCCCACUAACCCCUGAUCUCGUUUGGUCACGUCUUCUCUGUCCAGAUGAGUCUGUGAACUACAAGGGGAUCUAGUGUGUGGAUGUACUGUUAUUGUUUUCUUUCUGUGGGAGGGGUGGGGGUCGAGAGGGAGGGAGAGGGGAAAGUGACGUAUUAGUUACUGAAGCAGUACUAGAAGAGAUGGGUGUAUUGUACAAUGUAGAGCUGGUCAAUUAUGUACUAUGGUGCAAAGGUGACAGCAAUGAGUUACUAUUCUUGUUUUAUGAUCUGACUGUAUCUGUGAUAUGAAUAACAGCAAUCUACAGUGAAAGCAAGUUUGUGUGUGUUAUUGUGAUUUUAAUGAAGCAGACAUUCUAAGAAGCAUUCAUCCACUUGAUUAUUUUUUUAACCAAGGAUGUUCUCAACUCAGUUUGUAUCUAUUAAGUAUAGUAGUUAGAGCAGUUUGUAUAGACAUGGUAUCAAUAAAACUGAGAAGGCU